AUGACAGAGGGUGUGGAAGCUUUUUACAUCAAUGAGAAACAAAUACAAGUUGCAAAUCCAUUCACACAGCACAGCCAGAAAGAAGUAAAGGGAGAAGAGAAGAACAUCAUCAGAAGUCUUCUAAGAAGCCCCAGACAGUGCUGUGUUGCUAUCCAUCACAGGAUACAAGUUACAUCUGAGGAUUUAAGACGACUUGAUGUUGGCGGCUGGUUGAAUGACCAGAUUGUUAACUUAUAUUUCAAGUUAAUAGAAAAGAUGUGCCCUUACCUGUCAGUUCUUGAUGUGUUCUUUUACACUACUAUAAAAAACAUAGAAGAAGCAGACAAGUUCCUAAGAGAAGACACAUUUAGACGGGACAAAAUUCUAAUUCCAGUCCAGAGUGAUUAUCAUUGGUGUCUUGUUGUCAUUGAUGUUGAUGACAAAUGUGUGAAAUUAUUUGACUCCAGCACAUCGCCAAACCGCUGCUUACAACAUAUCAGGACAUUCCUUGAAACAAGCAGAAAGUGCCCAUCAGAAUGGAGAAUAGAAAAAGUAAAGGUAACAGUAAUAUGCUUAAGUAUAUGA